AGAUGGCUUGUGUCUCUUGUCCGUCCUUCGCGAUGAUUUAGUAUCCAUCAGGAGUUGAUUCGUUAUUGACACGUUUUUUUCUUACUUAAUUAAAAUAUUUGAAUGAUUAUAAUUUUUUUUUUUUUUGUUACAACACAAGAAUAAAUUGUGAUAAUGAUGAUUUUGUUUUGCAAAAUAUAUAACUACUGACUUUAUCUGAUUUUUUUUUAAAAUUAGUGUUAAAUUUUUUUGUUAAAAAUAAAAACAAUUUAUUUAGUAAUAUAGUUUUAUUUGUAAUAAUUAAAAGUUGAGGUGAAGGAUUCAUCAAAAUGCAUCAAUGCAUUUGGUCAUUGAUGCUAUUGCUGUUAGUAGCAGUAUCACAAUUGACAAAUGUAACAGCACGACACAAUCAUGUAAAAUUAAGACAUGAAAGACACAGAAGACAACAUGCUGAAGGCUAUUUGCCAAGUAAUUUUGUUACGGAUACAGAAGAAACUGAAACUGGACUUUGGGGACCAUGGUCAGUGCCGAGUUCUUGUUCAAGAUCUUGUGGAGGUGGUGUUGCUCAUCAAACAAGAAGAUGUCUUGAUGUUGACGACAAUGGAUAUGACAGAUGUUCAGGACCAAAAAGAAGAUUUUACUCUUGCAAUAUUCAGCCAUGCCAAAAUAAUACGAUAGACUUUCGUGCUGAACAGUGUGCUGAAUUUAAUGCAGUACCAUUUGAAGGUGUAGUUUACGACUGGAUACCGUACACAGGUGGACCAAACAAAUGUGAGCUAAAUUGUAUGCCUAAAGGCGAACGUUUUUUCUACAGACAUAAACUCACUGUGAUUGACGGUACACCAUGUGAAAUUGAAAAAAACGAUGUUUGUGUUGAAGGAAAAUGUAUGUCGGUUGGAUGUGAUCUUAUGCUUGGAAGUAAUGCAAAAGAAGAUGCUUGUAGAGAAUGUGAUGGUGAUGGAUCUAAAUGCACCACUGCGAAAGGUCUUUUUGAUACAGAUGAUUUGCAAGUUGGUUACAUUGAUAUACUUUUUAUACCUGAGGGAGCUACAAAUAUAGCCGUCAAAGAAAUUGAACCAUCUAAUAAUUAUCUUGCAAUUCGUAGCACGACAGGCCAAUAUUAUCUAAAUGGAAACUGGAGAAUAGACUUUCCAAGGAGUUUAAGAUUCGCUGGAACAAUAUUCCAUUAUUCAAGAGUUCCACAGGGUUUCUCAGCUCCAGACACGAUAACUGCUAAAGGACCGACGACCGAAGCAAUUUACAUUGUCCUUCUUUAUCAAGAUCGAAAUGUUGGUGUUGAUUACGAGUAUAGUGUGCCAAAAAAAAAUUCAUUUGGAAACCCAGAAAAUUAUACAUGGACACAUGAUGAAUUUUCAGAAUGCAGUGUAACUUGUGGUGGAGGAUAUCAAUCGAGACAUGUAAAUUGUGUACGACGUCGUGACAAUGAAACAGUUGAUGAAAAUCUUUGUGAUCCACAAUCUGCCCCAGAUAAUACACAAGCAUGUAACACAGAAGCAUGUCCACCAGAAUGGUUUGAAGGUGAAUGGAGCUCAUGCAGUAAACAAUGUGGUGAAGACGGUGAACAAACAAGAACUAUAAAAUGUGAACAGAUUGUCGCUGGUGGAAUGCCAACAAUCAUUGAUGAUUCAAUAUGCAUUGAUAAAUUUGGACCUAAGAAUAAGACAACUCAAGAAUGUAAUCGAAAUGUUCAAUGUCCCACGUGGCAUUUGGGGCCAUGGAAACCGUGUGAUCGAUUGUGUGGUAAAGGAAAAAAAACAAGAAAAGUCACUUGCUUUAGAAAAAAUGAAGCUGGAAAAAUUGAAGUAUUAAAUGACUCGGAAUGUGAUGGUGAAGUACCAGAAAGUGAAAGUUCUUGUGAAUUACGACCUUGCGCUGGUCUUGAUUGGGUUACAUCUGAAUGGAGUGGUUGUGACGAUAAAUGUGGUUUAACACAAGAAACACGUACGGCUCACUGUGCGACAAAUGAUGGCACAACUUAUCCCAGUGAUAAAUGCGAUGCAAAUAACAAGCCAGAAUUGACGCGUACCUGUGAAAAAUCAAAAGGUUGCGAGUAUCAGUGGUAUGCAGCUCAGUGGAGCGAAUGUUCUGCAAAAUGUGGAAGUGGUGUACAAACACGCAAGGUCUUUUGUGCAUCCUUCGAAGACGAUUUAACAUUAAAAAAGGUAGAGAAUGAAAAAUGCAAGGUUGAACAACGAUACAAUGAUACACAAGAAUGUGAAGCUGAUGUUGCUGAAUGUAAAGGUGAAUGGUUUGCUGGACCAUGGAGUAAAUGCUCUAAACUAUGUGGUGGUGGUGACAUGACAAGAAAAGUUAUUUGUAUGAAAGAUAACAUGACAGUACCUACAAGUAACUGUGAUGCUGACACAAUCAUGUUUGGUUCUGAGGAAUGUAACAAACAUCCUUGUAGUGAGGAUGACGUUAUUCCUGUUGAAGUUGGUAAACCUGAUAUUCCAAGUGACAAAGAAGAUGAUUGCUUAGAGUAUGAAGAUGAAGACUUUGUAACUUUUGCAUCUAGCUUAGGCACAGAUGGAAGUGAAUUAGCCGAAGGUAUUAGCUCUUUGUCACCAUUUGAAACUACAGCGUUUUUCAUGGACAAUACAAUGAUGAGUGAUGCAGCUGUUCGCGGUGACACACCUCCCGUAGAAUUAGAAAAUAAUUCUGGAAGUGGUGGUUUAGAAGAUUCCACUGCGUAUGAUGAUUUAUUAUCAUCAAUUACUGGCCUUAUUGAAGGUAGUGGAUCAUCAACGGAUAACACAAUGACUGAGACUACUGAUAAUUCAGUAAGUCAUGAAACAACAAAUUUAAAUGAAUCCACUAGCCCAUCUGAAUCAACAGAAAGUAGUGCUUCAACAGAAAAAUCAGAUUCAACAGAAAGUUCUGCUUCAACAGAAAAAUCGGAAUCAACUGAAACUUCUGGUUCAACCGUAACUUCAGAUUCAACAGAGUCUUCUGUUUCAUCAGAAACUUCAGAUUCAACAGAGUCUUCUGUUUCAACAGAAUCAUCAAAAUCAUCUGAUGUGUCACAAGAUACUACAGUAUCUAUAAGCUCUACGGAAUCUUCAACAGAUCAGUCUUCUUCUGGAUCAUCAGAAUCCACUGAAAAUACUUCUACAUUCUCAAGCACUGAAGUUUCAGAAACUGCGUCCACUGAUUCUUCUACAAGUAGUAGUACAAGUAGUGAAACAACAUCAGAAUCUUUAGAUUCUUCUUCACCAAUAACAUCAUCAAGUGAAACACCAUCUACUGACACGACAAUCACUGAAAGCACAAUCUCCACAUCAGAAUCAACUGAAACUACAAUUAUUUCUUCUACUGAUACAUCAACAACUGAGACAGGAAGCACUGAAACUUCAUCUACUGUUACAUCAGUGACUGAAGAUGGUAGUUCAACUACUAUGGUUAGUGAAACCUCGACUGAUGUAGGGUCAACAACUUUGUUUAGUAUAUCAACAAGUGAUGAAAAUUCUUCUACAGUCCAAGAUACAACGACUCAAGAAAUAAGCACAGAACAGACUACAGCAGAAGCAACAUCAUUGUCAUCAGUCAGCUCUUCAGAGGAAUCGAGUACAAAUGAAAUUUCUACAAGUGAAAUAAGUAGUACAGAUAUUUCUAGUACAAUUGGUGCAACAUCUGAAUUACCAGCAACUUCUGAUUCAAGUACUAGUGUAUCAUCUGAAGAAUCAACAGUAUCUGGUGCUACAACAGAAACUGGUUUGACAACUGAAUCUGGUAUGACAACAGAAACUGGAAUGACAAGUGAAUCUGGUAUGACAACAGAAACUGGCUCGACAACAGAAAAUGGCUCAACAACAGAAUCAGAUGCAAUGACUGAAGUAUCAACAGUUGACAUGUCAACUGGAUCAACGGAAACUGCUGAAACAGGAAUGUCUACUGAAAGUAUCACAACUGAUGUGUCAACCAUUUCAAGUUCAACCAGUGAAGACGAAGAUAACACUGACAAAUCAUCUAUUUUCGACUUAUUUACAACAGUUAGUUCAGUAGAUCAAGCACUUAAAAAAGAACAAAAAAUGCGAAAAUGCAAAGUUCGAAAAGCCAAAAAAUCAUGUUUAUCAUCCGAGUUUAACUGCUGCUACGAUGGAAUAACUCCAGCUCAAGGACCUUUCGGCAAGGGUUGUCCCACUCCUGAAACUUGUGCUGAAACUCAAUAUGGAUGCUGUCCAGACGGUGUUUCCGUGCCAACUGGACCUAAAAAUGAAGGUUGUCCAUCUCAAUUAUGUGCGGAAACUCUCUUUGGUUGUUGUCAAGAUGGUACUACUCCCGCAGAAGGCAAUGACUUUGAAGGCUGUAAAAAACCAUGUAAUGAAACUGAAUGUGGAUGUUGUCCUGACAAAGAAACACCAGCUAUUAAUGCAAAUGGUUGUUGUGAUGUUUCUAAAGACAGUUGUUGUCCUGGUGUAACUAAAAAUGCAACAGUAAUUAAUGAAGAAGGCAGUGGAGAAGACUCUACAGAUGAAGCAUGGACAGAAGUUACAAAUGAAUAUGAAACAACAACAAUGACUGGCAUUGAAGAAGACUGCGCAAAUACUACACAUGGAUGUUGUCCAGAUGGUCAUAAAGCUGCUACUGGUAAAAACUUUGAAGGAUGUGGAGUUAUUAAUACAGACAACUGUACAGCUUCAUACUUUGGCUGUUGUCCUGAUAAUACCACAGCUGCUCUUGGAAGCAACAAAGAAGGAUGUCAUGGCGAUUGUAUUUCAUCACCACAUGGCUGUUGCCAGGAUAAAUUUACACCGGCUCAUGGUCCAAACGGUGAGGGUUGUUGUCUAACAUAUCCUCAUGGAUGUUGUCCAGACAAUAUACUUCCAGCUCGAGGACCCGAGUUCUAUGGUUGUGGCUGUGAAUAUACUAGAUUUGGUUGUUGUCCUGAUAAUUCAACAGCAGCUAGAGGACCUGAAAAUGAAGGCUGUGGAUGUAAAUAUACAACUCAUGGAUGCUGCCCUAACCGUUUCACCCCAGCAAAUGGACCAAACUUUGAGGGAUGUCCUUGUUAUACUUAUCAAUUUGGUUGUUGUCCAGAUGGAGUGACAAUAGCUAAAGGACCACAUAGCCAAGGCUGUGGAUGUGAAAACACAGAAUUUAAAUGUUGUUCAGAUGGAAGAACACCAGCAACAGGACCAAACUUUGCUGGAUGCAACUGUGAUGCAUCUAAAUAUGGAUGUUGUCUUGAUGGUAUUGAAGAAGCUCAAAGUGAUAACUUUGAUGGAUGUUUGGCAGUUCCAACAAAUCCUGGUGCAGCUUGUGCUCUUACAACAGACAGAGGAUCAUGUCGAAAUUUCACAGUUCAGUGGUUUUACGAUACUGAAUAUGGUGGAUGUUCAAGAUUUUGGUAUGGUGGCUGUGAAGGAAAUGAUAAUCGUUUUAAAUCUCAAGAAGAAUGCAAGGAAAUUUGUGUUGAACCUAAAGGACGUGAUGCAUGCUAUUUGCCAAAAAGCACUGGACCAUGUGAAGGAUAUAAUCCUACUUGGUAUUAUGAUAGUGACAGAAAACAAUGUGGACAAUUUAUUUAUGGUGGUUGUCUUGGAAAUGCAAACAAAUUUAAAACUAGAGAUGAAUGUGAACAACUUUGUACAGUAUCUGAUAAUGUUGAUCCUUGUGAACAAGAAAAAGAAAGUGGUCCAUGUCAAGGUAAUUUCACACGAUGGUAUUUUAAUAAAGACAGUAAACACUGUGAACAAUUCCGUUAUGGUGGUUGCAAGGGUAAUAACAACAAUUUCUUAACGGAAUCUUCUUGUCAUCAAAAAUGUCUUCAGCCUGGUCAUAGUCGAGAUUCUUGUUCAUUACCUCGGGCUGAGGGUAAUUGCACAGAGAAGAAAUCAAAAUGGUACUACGAUCAAUCGGAGAACCGUUGCAUGCCGUUUUAUUACACUGGAUGUGGUGGAAAUAGCAAUAAUUUUGAAUCUAGAGAAGCAUGUGAGACUGAUUGUCCACCUAAAAUUGAACAAGACACUUGUCUUCUUCCUGCUCUUUUGGGUGAAUGUCAUAAUUAUACUCAACGCUGGUAUUACGAUUCAUACGAACAACGUUGUCGACAAUUUUAUUAUGGAGGUUGUAAUGGAAAUGGCAAUAAUUUUGUCAAUGAAGAAGAUUGCCUACAACGCUGUUCAUCUCCAUCGGUUCCUGCACCACGACCUACUCAAGAAUUCUCUCCUGCAAUGUGUUUCUUACCUGAUGAACGUGGACCUUGCAAUGAAGAACAAACUAAAUGGUUUUAUGACAGUAGAGAGGGUAUUUGUAAACAGUUUACAUAUGGUGGUUGUGCAAGCAAUGGAAAUAAAUUUGAGUCACGAGAAGAAUGCGAGUACCGUUGUGAUGAAGUCCAAGAUGUUUGUACUAUGCCAAAGAUUGUUGGACCUUGUAGUGGUUCAGUUGUCAGUUAUUAUUAUGAUCGAAGAUCUGAUACAUGUGAAGAAUUUGAAUACAGUGGAUGUUCUGGUAAUAGAAAUCGUUUUGAGGAUCGUACCAGUUGUGAAAGUAAAUGUAAAAAACAUUUAUCACCACCACAAGUACAAGCAACUGAAUCACCUCAUAUUGUACAAGUUGUACCAAGCAGUCCAAUUUGUUCAGCUCCAGCUGAUGCUGGUCCUUGUAAUAAUGAAGUUACAGCUUAUUAUUAUGAUUCAAGGGCUAGCAAGUGUCAAGCAUUUAUAUAUGGUGGCUGUGAAGGUAAUGCCAACAGAUUCCAGACAGAAGAACAGUGUGAACGUCUUUGUGGUAUUUUCCAAGGAAAAGAUGUUUGUAAUCUCCCGGCGGAAGCUGGACCAUGCAGAGGUGUAUUCCCGAAAUAUUACUAUGAUAGAAAUAGCCGUAGUUGUCGUCAAUUUUUGUAUGGUGGUUGUGAUGGUAAUGCUAAUAGAUUCAGUACGUUACCUGAAUGUGAAUCUGUUUGUAUUCAUCGUGAAGAGCCUGCACCAACUGGCAACAAUACUGUUCUAUCUCAUUUAGAAAUCUGUCGUGAGUCAGUGGAUAUUGGAAGUUGUGAAUCAGGAAGUUACAAAAGAUUUUAUUUCAAUGAAAAUCGACAAACUUGCAUGGCAUUUGUGUAUACUGGUUGUGGUGGUAAUAGAAACAGAUUCAAGACUUUUGAGUCUUGCAUGCAUACUUGUUACAAAACAAGCAACGAGAUUGAUGUUAGUAGUAAUACCGAAACAAAGGAUAAAUGUUCAGAGGCAAAAGAUGAGUGUGAUUUGAUUCAUUGUCCAUAUGGAAAAGAAGCUUUUGUUGAUGAUCAAGAUUGUGAACGAUGCAGAUGUGUUGAUCCAUGUAGAAAUAUUCAAUGUUCAUCAGACAGUCGUUGUUCUAUUGUACCAAUUGCAACUGGUGAUGGAACAACUGAGUAUCAAGGUAUUUGUCGAUCAACAAUGAAACCAGGAAAUUGUCCAGUUGUAUCAAACAGCACAAGAUGUGAAGAAGAAUGUAGAAGUGAUGCUGAUUGUUCGGAAGAUAGAAAAUGCUGUAAUAAUGGAUGUGGUACUUCUUGUCUUGAACCAGCAUCUACUGAAGUACCUGUUACAUAUCCACCUGUUCAUAAUGAUACUGCUCCAUCAUAUGGCGCUGAACCAGCAACAAUUAAAAAACCAGAAAAUCCAUUAGUUAGAGGAGAAGAAGGUGGAUUCGUUACAAUGCUUUGUAUCGUAACAGGAAAUCCAAGACCAUCAAUAAUUUGGCAGAAAGAUACUGAAUUGAUAAACUCAGCAGAAAAAAGGCGAAGAAUUCUUCCUGAUGGAUCACUUCAAAUUAUCAAUUUAUACAGUCACGAUCGAGGAAUUUAUAUUUGUAUUGCAGACAAUGGUCUUGCACAACCAGAUAAAUGCGAAUAUGAAUUGGAAGUAACAGAGCCUCAUAAUCGAUCAGCAGACAUAAUUAGUGAGCCAAAUACAUCUGUAACAGUAACACUAAAUGCACCAACAGUAUUACAUUGUUAUGCAAUUGGUUGGCCACGUCCAUUUGUAACUUGGUGGCAUGGUGAUAGCAUGUUACCAUUAUCAUCUGAUUCAUAUGAACAAGAUUCUGAAUGUACAUUAUUAAUACGUUCAGUAACAUUAUCAAAUCUUGGUAUAUAUACUUGUCAAGCAUAUAAUGGUAUUGAAAAACCAGCAUCUUGGUCAACAACACUUCAGGCAAUUGGUCCAGUUUAUAAUAUUAAACCUGAACAACAAGAAUAUACUCAAUAUCUUGUACAAGCACCAAAAAGACCAGAAAGACCUGAACGUCCACAAUAUCCAUACAGACCUGCACGUACCCAAGCACCUGAAUAUAAUCAAACUUACAAACCAAUUUAUCCAACUAAUAAACCCUAUAUUCUUGGUGUUAUCGGUAUUACUGAACAACCCCAACAACCUUCUAAAUUUAAAGUACCUGUCGCUGUAAAUGUAACUUCAUCAGGAAAUGAAUAUCCAGUUGGUAGUGAAAUAAAUAUUGGAUGUAGUGUUGAUGGUUAUCCAAUUCCAAAAGUACUAUGGUACAAGGAUGGUGAUAUAAUACGUACAGAUGGAAGAAUAACAAUAUCUGAAUCAAAUAGACUUGUUAUCACAAAUGCCAGUUAUAAUGAUACUGGAAAAUAUAAUUGUGAAGCGACAAAUGAAUUUUCAUCUGCUUCUGAUACAAUUGAUAUUAAUGUUGCUGGUAUUUACAUUCAUCCAGACUGUCAAGACAAUUCAUUCUUUGCAAAAUGUGAUUUAAUUGUAAAAGCAAAAUAUUGUCAACAUAAAUAUUACGCCAAAUUUUGUUGUAGAUCAUGUACUGAAGCACGUCAGCUUCCUGUUAGCGGUAAUCAUUUAAAAUAAUUAAAUUUUUCAAAGAAAUAAAAAUACAACCAUUCUUUUAUAAAACCAAAAAUGGUUUAUAUAUAUUCGAACAAAAAAAAAAAUCAACGACCAAAUAAAACAUCAUUAUUUUUUGCGUUGAAUUAUAUUGUAAAUUUGAGAAAUAUUCUUAAAUAUAAAAAAAUCUCUUUUUCCGAGUUAACCGAAUACAAUCGAAUCUCGUUCACUGCCAAAGCCUUAGAACGGUUAUGCAUGUAGAUAAUUUUUAAGCUUAAAUGACAAGAUAAAAAAUACAAAAAGACAUAAUCAGAAAUAGUAAAAAAAAAAUACAAAACAAAACUUUAAUAAAUUCAUCAAUUUUUUUUGCAUAAAUCUGAAGCUCAUCAACUAGUCGAUAACGAUAAGAAGCCAUAAAACUAUAUACCCUGGCUUUUUUUUUUUUAUUUUUUUAAUAUGUAACAAAAAAAAAAAACAAAUAUAGUGGACAUUUAUCGAUAAUGUUUUCUUUUAUUUUGAUGGAAAUUUAAUACGCUUUUGGAAAUGCUACUUUGGUUCGCGGUAAUUAUCGUCAGUUUAUUUUAUUUUUAUUUGAUAAUAUUUUUAUUUCAUUCCAAUCAUAUUUAUUUACAAAAUUUUUCAACCAAUUGAAUAAUCAAACGACAAACUUGAAUGUACUAUUACAUGAAAUAAUUACACUGAGAAAUAAAUAUUAUUCUACUAAAUUACAGACAAAAAAUACGAGUCAGAUAAGCAAAAUAAAACUGACAAAACAAAUUGUUAAUAAAUGUAUGUUGUAUCUUUUCAUAGAAAAUUUAAUUUACAUAUCAUGCUGAUUAAAAAUAUUUGGGGAAAGAAAAAAGUUAUGCAUGCUUAUCUAAUAUUAUCAAAAACGAAAAAUAUAAAAUUGAGAUAAUAUAUGAAAAAUUUAGAUAUUUAGACAGUACCAAAAGCAUUUAUUAUAGCGUAUGUUGAUUAAUUCUGUCACGGAACAGAUUAAAACGAAAAAAAAAAUAUUGUUAAAAUAAAAUUAUUUUAAAAACCUUUUACUUUAGUCAGAGUAAAAAAAGAAAAAAAAAAAAAAAAACUCAGUGCCUUAAAUCCUUGAGUACAGUGUUGCUAGGACCACUAUCAUUUCAAUAAAUAUUUUUUUUUCUUUUUUUAAUUUAUACAUUCUUAUUUAAUAGUAUUUACAAUAUUCACACUUUAUCGAAUCUUAAUCAUAAUCAAUUUUUAAAAAACAAAAAACUUUUCGAAACCAAGAGAUGUGUCUCUUGAUGUUUACAAUUAAAAACAUAUCUCAAUCAAAAAAAAAAA